ACAUUGUUAUCUUACACUAUUUGCGUACUUUUUACUAGACUAGAGGAAAUAUUUGUCAAAAUGCAACCGUGUUUAAAAUGGAUCGAUCACGAAAGUGGGUCUUAGAUAAGAACUUUGAACCUUAGAUAAAAGUGCUAAAUUUUUCGUAUAUAAAGUAUGGAAAAUUCGCAUUUAUCUUUAGUUCCAUAUCCAAACAUGAAAAUAAUAGUAGUCGGUCUUUUGUUGGUGAUUUCCUUAGUUGGACAACGGACAAACGCAAAAAGUGUGGCCAACACCUUGGCCAACGAAAUCGGUCAGGAUGCCUCCGCUUUCGGUAAUGAAUUAGGCCAAGAGGUCAUCCAAUAUGGCCAAGAAGCCGCCAAAAGUGGCGUGAAGUACGGAGAAGCAGCAGAAAAUGCGUCCUCCGUUUGGGAACUUGGAAUGGAUGGCAGAAUUUUUGGACACGAAUUGGGAGAUGAGGGCAAUUUGUUAGGACAAGAGGCUUCCAAUAGCGCUAUUAACUUUGGACAUCAGGUGUCCCAGGAAGCGGAAGAGGCAGCCAGUGCAGAACUCAAAGCCUUGGCAAGCCAGUCUGCCAAUCAAACCAGUAAGAAAUCUGUCAGUAAGCGUGAUGUAUCAAGUAGCAACGAGAAUCCUUCGGUUACCUGUGCUUGCACCUGUUCCACCGAUGGUGGUGCUACCAAUGUGGGAAGUAAGGUUGCAGAGUCGGCCGGAAAGGCAGCUCAUGAUGUAGCCGGCGCUGCUGGAAAUGUGGCCUCGAGUGUUGCUGGAGCUGCUGGACACAUUUUCCACGACGCCGGCAAGGUUGGAGGCGACAUUGGAAAUGCUGCUGGAAAUGUCGCUGGAAGUGCAGCAAAUGCUGCUGGAAAUGUGGCCUCGAGUGUUGCUGGAGCUGCUGGCACUAUCGCUCACGAUGCUGCAGGUGCUGCAUCUAGUGUUGCAAGUGAUGCUGGACACAUUUUUCACGACGCCGGCAAGGUAGGAGGUGACAUUGGAAAUGCUGCUGGAAAUGUGGCCUCGAGUGUUGCUGGAGCUGCUGGCACUAUUGCUCACGAUGCUGCAGGUGCUGCAUCCAGUGUUGCAAGUGAUGCUGGACACAUUUUCCACGACGCCGGCAAGGUUGGAGGCGACAUUGGAAAUGCAGCUGGAAAUGUAGCUGGAGAUGUUGCGCAUGAUGCUGCAAAUGCUGCUGGAAGUGUCGCUGGAAGUGCAGCAAAUGCUGCUGGAAAUGUGGCCUCGAGUGUUUCUGGAGCUGCAGGCUCUAUCGCUCACGAUGCUGCAGGUGCUGCAUCUAGUGUUGCAAGUGAUGCUGGACACAUUUUCCACGACGCCGGCAAGGUUGGAGGCGACAUUGGAAAUGCAGCUGGAAGUGUAGCCGGAGAUGUUGCGCAUGAUGCUGCAAAUGCUGCUGGAAGUGUCGCUGGAAGUGCAGCAAAUGCUGCUGGAAACGCAGCAAACGCUGCUGGAGAUGUUGCUAAUGCUGCUGGAAAUGUAGCUGGAGAUGUUGCUAAUGCUGCUGGAAAUGUCGCUGGGGAUGUUGCAAAUGCUGCAGGAAAUGUCGCUGGAGAUGUAGCUAAUGCUGCUGGAAAUAUUGCACAUGAUGCAAGCAACAUUUUCCACUCUAUAUUUUAGAGUUUCUCUCUACUUUUAAUAUAAUAAUAAAUGAACGAGCAAAUUAAUGAGCGAUGCACUUGUUAUACUUUAAGCACUAGAUCUCUAUAAAAUCCCAUUACAUUUCUGUUUUGACUUCUGAA